UAUAAAAGGCAGCGCCGGCGGCGGCUGACGGAGUCUGGUGAGAAAACUGCCGAGGAGUUCUGUGUGAAGCGUGAGGCAGGAUGGCUCGAACAAAGCAAACAGCCCGCAAGUCGACGGGAGGCAAGGCGCCCAGGAAGCAGCUGGCAACCAAGGCUGCGAGGAAGAGUGCCCCGUCUACUGGCGGCGUGAAGAAGCCCCAUCGCUACAGGCCUGGCACUGUUGCUUUGAGGGAAAUCCGGCGUUAUCAAAAAUCCACGGAAUUGCUGAUUCGCAAGCUGCCGUUCCAGCGCCUGGUGCGUGAGAUUGCUCAGGAUUUCAAAACGGACCUGAGGUUUCAGAGUGCUGCGAUCGGGGCUUUACAGGAGGCAAGUGAGGCAUACUUGGUGGGUCUGUUUGAAGAUACAAAUCUGUGCGCCAUUCACGCCAAGCGAGUAACCAUCAUGCCAAAGGAUAUUCAGUUGGCUCGCAGGAUACGUGGAGAAAGAGCUUAAGUGAAGCAAACUUAUUCUAUCACAAUGGACUGUGGGACCUUUUUUAAUAUUGCAGGAUUAAUACAAAUACAGAUGGGAUUGUCAGGAUACGAACUUUUAAGGAGUGAUAUGUGCAAAUGGAAUAUGUGGUAUUUGCUGUUUUUAUUCAAUUUUCUAAAGUUUAAUAGGGUGGGAGGGGAAUUAAACUGGUUUGGGAGCCCUUGCUGUUAUUUCGGAAAAAAAUAAACCUAAACUAUCUGAAUUGGAACAGAUCAGUGUCACUUGUCAUUUGCAUGAGGUGCAAGUGGGUAAAUUCCCGUUGCUCUUCAAGCACUUGAAUUAAGUUUCUAUUUUAUUUUAUAUUAUACUUGGGUUUUCUAUUAGUCUAUUUCCUAGAGCAUUUUUGUAUUCGUCAACAGAAGGGAAUGUACUGGGAAAAUGCUUCCUAAAUUCAUUCCAUUGGUAACUCAGGAGGGAUUGUGGUCCUACACCAAGUACAUCAAGCUGGAAUGUACAGCUUGGCAGCUAUGUACCUAUUUAUGCAUUGUUUUUCAUGUUCUCUGUUUGGGAGGGGAAGUUAUUAAAUCAUCUUUUAUUAAAUUGUUUAUGGAAUCGCAUGUGUUGCUAUUUGUUCUGGUGUAAGCAAGUGGUUUUAUGUUGGGCAAAUGUAGAUGAGGGCUAGUUUGUAGGUAGCCUGUGAAUUAAUGUUUAGGUGAAUGCCAUUCUGCAGACUUUAUUGGAAGCAGUGGAGUGACCAUGGGCUAUACUUGGCAAAUUCACAUUUGGAAAUAGUUGCACAAAUUGUUCUCCCCAUGAGUUUUAGUUCUAUACUUGCCAUCUGUUGCAGAUUAGGAUGGUAUCAAUUUAGUGUAUAGGAUGUAAUCAUAUUUAAUGCACUGCAGACACUGCUCCUAGGUGCAGUAGGGUGAGAUGCUUUGUGGAAUCUUUCCAAGUCUCAAACUGCAAAGGUAGUUGCAGCUGUCUGCCACUGCUUCCAAUGCAUUCAGGUGUCUGAAGGGUCUUGAUGUAAAGGGAGUAAUAUUGCUACUAUUAGAUAUUAAUUUGGAUUGGCCACAGAUUGAAGAUUAGGUGAAUUUACACCUCCAAAGCUUGCAUAGACAUGUCUGCUACAGAUAAGACCAAAGAGGAGAUGAUUCAGGUUGUAUCAGACCCUAACCCUGCGAUGCCAGUCCAGAUUAUUGACUGCUACUUGGAUCAGGAGGAAGCCUGGAGGACACUUGUUGCCUGAGGUCAGGGGUUCCCAACAUUUUUAUGCCAUGGACCAAUACCAUUAAGCAAGAGGUUUGGGGACCUCUGCCCUAGGAGGAACUGCCACUGCAGUUUCCUGUUGUAUGUAUUCAGUGAUGUUGCCUAUUUCUUCAAAGCUCCAUGCCUUUGUUUUGGCUAAAUCUUGUCUUCAAAGCAAAGGUGCAGUUUUGUCCUUUUUUUCUAUUAGGGGCAUGCAAUAGGUUACUGCACAAAUAGUGCUUGGUUUGGUGCUAGGGGCUAGUAGUGUUGCUAGGCCUCCUGAAGGCUUGCAGUGGCUUCCUGGACAAGGAUUUCAUCUGACAUUGGAGCCCUCGUGACAAAAGAUCGCGUGCUGUACCGCAGUACAGAAGUUGGUAAAUUGUAAAUAUUGCAUUAAAGUACAUGAACUAAAUUUCUUGUAAUACUACUGUAAUUGUUACAGAAUGUACUGUAUUUUCAAAUGCAAUAAAUGCAGUAAUAUGCAAAUUA